AUGGCCCUUUUCCUGUGUGCAGCAGCCGGUAAUCUGACGUAUACCUUGGGCAUCUUUUCCAAUCCCCAUCAGACCCGGCAGACACUGUUGGAGGCUGUGCCGUACAUCCUCGGCAGUGCAGGAACCCUGUGCUUUGAUUUGACUAUUUAUAUCCAAUACCUCAUUUACAACAACAAUACCCAAGAGAAGAAGCCGGCGGCAGAUGGCGUGCAGCCAGAACCCGCCACUUGGUAA